GCUCCUCGGUGGAACUCAGGCAUUACUUCACAUUUAGCGUUACGUACAAGCCACCUACACCAUAAAACAUAUAGUUAUUUUUUGUGCACACUGCUACCAUAGAAGAUAUUACUGAAAACCGAAGCAGUGUACAAUUUUAAAAGUUUUAGUUGUUGUUCACAGAUAAGGAGGUAGCCCAUUGUUAUAGUACUGAUAUGGUUGAUGUUGAAAGUGAAGGGGAGUGGAGCCCUUGGGGAGGAGAGGACGAGGUGGAACAACCACUGAUUGCUGCAGAGGUACAGCAGCCACAGGCGAAUUUGUCAGACAGUAUGGAAGACACAAGGGAAACAGCAGCACUUGUAGGACGCCGUUCAAGAGGCCGUACUGCUCAGUAUCUCACUGGUUUUGCAGCUACCAUGGGUGCCCUGGCUGCUGGGACUGUCUUGGGUUACUCCUCUCCAGCUGGUGCUCAACUGACGUCCAACUCAACGAGUGGGUCACUACAUCUGACCAGUGAAGAAAAUAUGUGGUUCUCAUCCUCAAUGAACUUAGGAGCACUAGUAGGAGGUCCUGUCGGUGGCAUAUGUCUUAACAUUCUAGGUAGACGGGGCACUAUGCUGGCUUCCUCGGUGCCCUUCAUUGGUGGAUGGCUUCUUAUUGCCUUCGCUCGGAACUUUGGCAUGCUGAUGACUGGACGCAUUAUAACAGGACUCUGUACUGGUAUCACUUCACUUAUCGUUCCCACUUACAUUGGAGAGUAUGCUUCAGCUGACGUGAGAGGAACUCUAGGAAGUGGAUUCCAAUUGAUGGUGACAAUUGGUGUGAUGUAUUCUUAUUUACUAGGAGCACUAGUUUCAACUUGGCGGGUACUUGCAGGAUUAUGCAUAAUUCCCCCUGUUAUCUACUGCGUGCUUAUGUUCUUUGCCAAAGAAUCUCCAAGUUUUCUCCUCUCCAAAGGAAAAGAGGAGCAAGCUGCAGCAGCCCUUCAGUUCUUCAGAGGUAAGGAUGGCAACAUUCAGACAGAGUUAGACAUGAUGCGGCAGUCCCUGGAAGAUGCUCGACGCAACAAGGCAUCCAUUAGGAUCCUCACGAAACCAUACAUUUUCAAGCCCCUCAUGAUCUCACUCUCCCUUAUGUUCUUCCAGCAGUUUUCAGGAAUUAAUCCUGUUCUCUUCAAUUUAACCACAAUAUUUCAUGAUUCGGGAUCAAAAAUUUCUGAUAACAUGAGCUCCAUCAUCAUUGGUCUCGUGCAAGUGGCUGCAACGUUUUUGGCUACUGUGCUUAUGGAUAAGGCUGGCAGAAAGUUGCUAUUGAUUGUUUCGUCAUCAGUCAUGGCUCUCUCUAUUGUUGCACUGGGUGAAUUUUUCUAUGAGAAGAUGAUUGACAAGACAUGGGCCAUAGACAACUUGGGUUGGCUACCUCUCACUUCACUCAUCAUCUUUGUAACAGCUUUCUCAAUUGGUUACGGCCCCAUUCCUUGGCUCAUGAUAGGUGAACUGUUUUCCCCUAAUGUGAAGGAAGCAGCUGCAAGUUUUUCUACCAUGUUCAACUGGAGUGCUUCAUUUGUGAUGACCUUAACAUUUGUUCCACUACAGUCUGCGUUAAAGAUACACGGAGUGUAUUGGUUCUAUUCUAGUGUAUGUGUUGUCAACCUUAUAUUCUGCGUGACUCUUGUACCAGAGACGAAGGGCAAGACAUUGGAAGAAAUAAGUGCACACUUUGGUGCUCCUCCUCCUUCAAGAAAUUCAAAUCCUCUUGAAAAUGAGCUUUAAGGUUAUGUUAUUAACACCCGGUUGUUAUUAUGUAAAAAUACAUUAUGUUAAUUUUUAAAUUUUAUAUUGUUUUUUCUUAAAAAAAUUUAUAAUAAAUUUUGCAAACAGCAGGUCCCCGACUCAGGAUGUAAAUUCACUUUUUGAAAAAUUUUUAUAAGUUGACUGGAACUUGAAACCUAUUUUCCCAUAAACACCCCAUAUUAUAAUGAGAAUUACAGUCUCAAGCCAUAAUGUUCUGUAUCUAGAAUGUUUACCAAAUAUCUUAUUUUUAGUAUGGUAUUGUUCCUUGUUUACUAAAAAAUUAUAAAAAACAUUAUUUAAAUAAUUUAUUAUUGUUAGUUAAACACCUUGAAUGUUGAUGUUGUAUUAAUGUUAGUAGAAUUACUAACAAUAUAAACCAUACCCCCGGCCGGGAUUGAACCCGCGGUCAUAGAGUCUCAAAACUCUUAAGUCUUAAGUCAUACUAACAAUAUGUUAGGUAAAAGGACACAAGUGCAACUAAUGUGACAUUUUAUUGUGGCAAUGUUUCACUCUCCAGGAGCUUUGUCAAGCCAUUACAAACCAUACAUGGACACAGAGGGUAUAUAUAGGCUAAAGUGAGUGUGAGGCACAAAAUAAUCAUUGUAGAAGUAGUUGUGGUGUUAGUAGUAAUAUAUGUGGUAGUUAAAGUUAACUUGUACAUGAGUUAAAAGGGUUUUUAAAGCUUGGGUAGCAUAAAAAUAGGUUGAGCAAAUAUUUCUGUUAGUGGGAUAGAUUUGAAAAGGCCUUUUUCAGUGUAGGAACAAUAACUUGAACAACGCCUGCAUACAACACCGGAAUUCCACCAAUCACCUCAUGAAGUUCAAUGAUGCCCAACUGGUGAUCAAAGAACCUAAUUUCCGCUGAUAUAAAUGCCUUGAAUCAUCAUUAAUCGCUAUUUCUAACACAAGCAAAAUAAAGGCAGCUUCAUCAUCUCUGAAGUAUUAGCAAGAAUCCUCCUCACAACAAUAAACCCUGCCAUCAUAUUGCUGCUGCUGCUGACACUACAUAAGAACAUAAAAAAGGAGGAACACUGAAACAGGCCUUCUCAAAUCCAACCCACUAACGGAAAUAUUUGCCCAAUCUAUUUUUAUGCUACCCAAGCUUUAAUAACCUUUUUAACUCAUGUGCAAGUUGACUUUUACUACCACAUGUAUUACUACUACCACUACUACUUUGCCUAUAUAUACUCUGUGUCCAUGUAUGGUUUGUUACAGAUUGACAAAGCUCCUGGAGAGCAAAACGUUGCCACAAUAAAAUGUCACAUUAGUUGCACUUGUGUAUUUUACCUAACAAAAUGUUGAUGUUGUCUGGCUCACUUGAAGUGAUGUUCCUUACUUUUUUUUAAGCUGACUUAAUUACAAGAUAAAAUAUAUUCCCAGUCAGGCACUUUUUUUUUUUUUCUAGAAAAUUCCAGUCUCGUCUACAAUAAAUAUUUGAUGAGCAUUGUAGUUACGAACUUUAAUAUUAUCAACAAAUACUUUCACAAAUUCAUCUGCUUUAACAUUAGCACUAACAGCUUUACCUCUCACUUUAACAUUAUGCAGAUUUGCUCUUGCCUUAAGCUUAGUGAAUCAGCCACAGCUUGUAGUAAAUUUUGGGUCAUUGUUAGCACCACUGUUCUCGUAUAGAUACUACUUGGAACUUUUUCUGUAUCAACAUAAGGGUGAGAGGCAUUCUUUCCUUAGGCUUGUCACCUUCCUAUACCAUCACAUUUUCUCCAUCUUGUUUGAAAGACCAGUGAAUGUUGCGCAAAUGAGCGUGAAAUGCAUCGGUACACAACAUUUAGGAUAUUCUAAAAAAGGCUCUCUAUCCUUCAUGAUAUAGUACUAGUAGUGGUAAAGCAGUUUACCCCUUACAUGUAGGUGAAUGUUUUUCACCUCCAUAUAUCAUUUUUUUAUGAUGACCAUCAUUCAUACGUAACAGUUUGGUAUCUUUAUUUUUUAAAUAUUUCAGAAAUAAAAAUACCAAAGUGUUGCAUAUGUGUCUCAUUCAUGAACUUAUUGGUAUUGUGUAUGAUUAUUAUAGUGAUCAUUUUUUUAGGUUCAGCUUUGUGUCAGAGUUCAUAGAUUUCAAUUUCUGUGGCACUUUGGCAUCGUUUCAACAACUGCAUUUUCCAUUUAUGAUGCAUGGUUAUUUUUCUAGAUAAAUGUUAAUAAAAUCAGCUAAUGGGAAGUGUGAAUGAACUGUGCAUUGCAGCAAUGUUAACUAACAACAUUUUAUGCUGCUGCAUUCUCCACAUUCAGCGACCUGAAGUAAUCCCGAAAGUAAUUACAGUAAUCGGUUUCAGAGCGCUAGAGUGCCAAAGAUGAAACAUUGUAAGUCGGGGACCUACUUCUGUGAAUAUUUGUGUGCAUGUGCAUUUGUAUGCUUCUGUGUGUUUUGUGUGUUAGUAUGCACAUACGUGUGUGUGCACGUGCGCGCGUGCGUGCGUAUGUACAUACUCACCUAUUUGUACUCACCUAUUGGUGGUUGCAGGGAUCAAGUCAUAGCUUCUGGCCCCACCUCUUCACUGAUUGCUACUAGGUCUUGUGUGUGUGUGUGUUAGUAUGUGUGUGUUAGUAUGUGUGUUAGUAUGUGUGUGUGUGUGUUAGUGUGUGUAUGUGAGUAAGCUUAUUUAGGUACAGGUACACAUAAGUACAAUUAUUAUAGUAACGUAUGUGUAAAUUACCUAGGGUAACCCAAUAAAGUCAAAGUGACUUAUUUCCAUUGUGUGUGUUUGUGCUGUAGAUGUUGGUAUGUCCAUGGGUAUAUAUACAUACAUAUACAUAUACUGUGCACACACAUACACAGUAAACUCUCCCAUGACACAGUUUCACAUUGUGUGAUUUUGUAGCAACUUGUUUGAAAAGAUUAAUCUCGACAUGCACCAAAAUGUAUUAAAGAAUCAAUCAGUGUGCAAAAUAUUGGUACUACAUGCUGUAGCAAUAAGCUGUACACAAAAUUUGGGUACCAGACGCUGGGAUGCACAACUCCUCCACACCCGUUGGCAACUCGGUUCACAACUUUUGCAUUCUGGGAGCAACUUGUGCCUCAUUCUGUCUUUCUCAGUCUAUUUUUGAUGUUUUCAUCACUCUCUUUAGUCUCUGGAUAUUAAUCGUGGCAAGCAGGAGGAAUACUAGGGAUGCUGGUCAUGUUAAGAAAAAGAAUAUGCUUGGAUUGAUGAUUUUGUUGAAGAUUGUAGAAGUGUUAGAUGUUUAUAGGUGAUGCAUGUGUAAUGGAAACUGCCCAAGAGUUUUGUGGCAAUAAUUUAACCACUCAUAAAGUUAGAAAUGAGUGCAUGUACAUUAUGUAGUACAGAUUGUCAUGUAAACAAGAUAAUACUAGGGGGUUGCUAAAGCUAAACAAGACAGAAAAGUUUUAAUUUAUAGAUUCGGAAAAAAAAUAGGGGCCUCAUUUAAUUCUAAUAAGGAUUUCCAGCAAGCGUGCAUGAGCAUGUUAGAUAGGAGUGAAUGGAGAUGAAUGGAUUUUGGGACCUGACGAGCUGUUGGAGUGUGAGCAGGGUAAUAUUUUGUGAAGAGAUUCAGGGAAACUGGUUAGCUGGACUUGAGUCCUGGAAAUGGGAAGCACAGUAGACCCUCAGCUAACGAAAGCAUCGUCUAAUGUUAAAUCCACCUAAAGAAGCAUUUAAGCGUAAAAAUUUUGGCCCGGCCAACGAUGAAAAACUCAUCCAACGUGAUUCGUCCCGAACCUGUACGUCCAGCCUGAGCACCUCAGCUGCCCUGCCAUCAUUGUUUACAAGCCAAGGUAGCCGGUUCCAUGCAUACAUUCGAUACAUUUUGUAUUAUUCCAUUAUUUUUAGUGCUUGUAACUGCUAAAUAAGCCACCAUGGGCCCAAAGAAAGCUUCUGGUGCCAACCCUGUGGUAAAAAGGGUGAGAAAUACUAUCAUACCAUGGUCAGCUGCUGCUGCACCACCGUCAGCUGCUGCUGUACCACCAUCAGCUGCUGCUACUGCUCUACCACGGCCAGCUGCUGCUGCUGCUGUACCAUGGUCAGCUGCUACUGUACCAUGGUCAGCUGCUGCUGCACCACUGUCAGCUGCUGCUGCUGCUGUACCACUGUCAGUUGCUGUACCACAGCCAGCUGCUGCUGCUGCUGUACCAUGGUUAGCUGAUGCUGCUGCUGUACCAUGGUCAGCUGAUGCUGCUGCUGUACCACAGUCAGCUGCUGCUGCACCACGGUCAGCUGCUGCUGCGCCACCGUCAGCUGUUUCUCCACCACCAUCAGCUGUACUACUCGAAGAUGUGGAGAGAGUGUUGUUGGUGUGGCUUAGCGAGAAACAAUUACCGAGAAACAAUUAACCACAGAGGGUUAGCCACCCAGGCUAACCCAAGAAAGUCAGUGAGUCAUCGAGGACUGUCUAACUUAUUUCCAUUGGGAGUCCUUAAUCUUGUUCCCCAGGAUGUGACCCACACAGUCAACUAACACCCAGGUGAACAGGAAAAAAAAAUGCCUGGAACUAGUGCUCAUAUUGGUGAAUUUAAGGCCAGCAAAGGUUGGUUUGAGUGAUUUAAGAAUCAUAGUGGCAUACACAGUGUGAUAAGGCAUGGCAAAGCUGAAAAAUUCCAACCCCAAGUGUUAAUUGUGACAUAACAGUCCUGUUCUGGAAGAAAAUGCCAAACAGGACCUAUAUUACUCAGGAGGAAAAGGCACUCCCAGGACACAAGCCUAUGAAAGACAGGCUAACUUUCAUGUUUUGUUGUAAUGCUAGUGGGGAUUGCAAAGUGAAGCCUUCACUCAUGUAUCACUCUGAAAAUCGCAGUGUGUUCCAGAAAAACAGUGUCUCAUCACUCAUCAAUACUCUUUAAUAAAGGUAAGUGUCAUUUUAACAUUUAUUUAUAUAGUUAUUGUGCAUGUCUCAUUGCUUUCUUUGUAAGAAAAUGUAUAUUUCAUAAAAAAAAAUUACUUUUUUUUAAUACUUUUGGCUGUCUGGAACGGAUUAAUUGGAUUUCCACUAUUUCUUAUGGGGAAAAUUAAUUCGGCUAACGAUAAUUUCAUCUAACAAUGAGCUCUCUGGAAUGGAUUAAUAUCGUUAGCCGAGGGUCCACUGUGCAUACAAUGCCUGCACUUUAAAGGAGGGGUUUGGGAUAUUGGCAGUUUGGAGUGACUAUCUAAGCUGUCGAAUCUGGGUGCCUCUGCAAAGACAGUGAUUAUGUGUGAGUGAUGUGAAAGUGUUGAAUAAUAAUGAAAGUUUUUUCUUUCUUUUUGGGUUUUUCUUUCUUUUGGGUCACCCUGCCUCGGUGGGAAACAGCCAAAAUGUUAAAAAAAAAAAAAGGUACAAAGGCAUAUCAUGCCAUAAGACUCUUUGUAUAUUUACUGCUGGAUGGUUUGAAAGCUUUAAAAAAAGCAGUUAUCUGUAUGACAUAAAGCUUUUUUGUUAGUGCUAUAAAAUACUGCAGGAUAAAACACACACAUGCAUUACAGAGUCAGUACAACUCUGCAUCCACAAUAGCCCAAAGAAUCACAGCCAUCCACUACAUCCCAGUAAUCCCACAUUAACUAUUUUCACACCUGAUAUCAAGAGGAAAGCACUUCCAGACUGUAAUGUAAGUUAUACCAUAGUAAUUUGUACCUAGUACAGUGGUAAGAAGUUGGAGGUGUAUGAAGAGUAACCCUAUUUUCCACUUACUAUAGCCUUAAUCUUACAUAUGAAUUUAAAUUGUGAAUCAAUUUUCAGGACUAUAAUUUGUGUGUUGUGAGAGGGUAUACUCUAUAUACAGUAUAUAGUUAGAGAUGGUUUCUAUAUAAAAUUUGGAUAUAUAUUUAUUCUGAGUUUUUAUACUGGUGGGGGAUCUCUUGGUUCAGAUAGUAAUCUUCGUACUAUGAUAUCUAUGCUUAUCUCAAUAAAGAGAUUAUCAUGCAUACUUAACUAGCAUCCUGGGUAGGUGCAUUAAUGUUCUGAUGUUUAUCACUGAACCACACUGUCUGUGCUUACUGGAAUAAAGAGAUUAUCAUACAUACUUAACUAGCAUUCUGGGUAUAAGCAUUGAUGUUUGUGUUUAUCAAAGAACUACACAGUCUGUGCUUAUCUGAAUUAAGAGGUUAUACAAAACUCUUUUACUUAUAUGUUGUAGUAGAUAUUAAUGUCCUUGGAAAACUUUUAUUGCCCAAGUGAAAACUGUUGCAGAGAAUUUUUUAAUGAAUUAAAAAAAUUAAAAAUUAAAGUUUUAAGUAGUUAUCUAUAACAUGUCUAAUAUCUCUCUGAAUAAUAAUUUUUUUGUGGUACAUUUUUUUAAUAUUUGAUUUUUUAAACUGUAUGGCUAUGAUUCCAUUUUACAUAUACAGUGAUAAUUUUUUAUCCAAAAUAAAGAAGGAUCAGCAUCUUCCAAUGUAAGGAAUUUUUUGCUUAUGGAACUUGUUGGCAAAAAAAUUAAUAAUAAUUAGACAGGUCAUAUAGCUAUUUUUAUACAAAGCCUCAAUAGAUUUGAUCCUCAAACAAAUAGUGUAAAUAAAAAUAUUUUUUCUUCUACCAAAAAAAUAUGAACAUGCUACACAUUCUCCAAAUAGAUCAUGCUUAAAAUAAAUAAAUUUAAUUAAAUAGACUGAAAAAAAAUUGGAUGAAUAUUACCAUGUCCAAUUUUAUACUUUAUAUCAUAUCCACAUUUCUUGAACAAUUACUAGCCAAAGAAAAAAUUAUACUACCAUAUGUUGACCAAGUGACCACUGUCUCUGCCAAAAUAAAUACACUUAAAAAAAGAAAACGUCAAGGAGAAAAUUAAGACAUAAAUCAUCACUAACAAUAACCAAAGAUGUGAAAAAAUUUCACUAUCAGAAUUUUUUGACCCAGAGACAGAUUAAAAAAUAAAAUCAUAGUUUCUUGCCAAAUUGAGGCCAUCAAGGAAACUAUCAUAUUUUUUAUGGUUUAUCAAAAUAAGAAUAUUUUUUUUAGCAAAAUAUGAUAUAGUACAAAUAAAAUGCCAUUCAUUUACUUAGUGAUGGCUAAGUCAGUAUGGAGAUUCAUUCAACACGUGUAUACAUACUGUACAUACCAGUGUUUGUGCCGGUGUUGUAUAUCAUUUAAGACAUACAGUAAUCCCUUGCCUUAUGCAAAUUUGUGAUACAUAAUGCCCUGUUUGAAUGAUAGUACACUAGUUUAUAUGUCUAGGAUAUAUUUUGGUCCAAAUAAUUUGGACUGAUGAAGGUCCCAGGACUGAAAUAUGACCAAUAAAGAUAUCCUAAGUAUAUGCACUUGUGUCCUGUCACCCAUCUUUCAGUAUCAUCAUACUGCACCUUCUACCUUCAAUGCUAGGUUUCUGCCAUUAAUUCCCUAUUAGCUAUAUAAAUUUGCCUAUGCAGUAAAUGAGGUUUACAAGCCAUAAUGAAGCUUUCUGUAAUUAAAAAUUAAGUACUGAGCUGAUUAAGAUUACUACAGGGGUCAUGGGCCUGAAACACAUCUACUGUAUAAAGCAAGGGACAUAAUAAUAAAUAUAAUGUACUCAUCUAACUAUUUAUUAUUCAGUAUAAUAUUCUCUGAUAAAAGUACUGAAACUAUUUUUUUUUUUAACUCCUGAAAUGUGCUACAUUUUUGCAUACAUUCCAUAUACAGUAUUCCAUUUUAUUCUAGGACAUCUUUUAACCCCUUGACUGUCGCAACCCCAAUUCCUGAGGUGUCUCCUGGUGUCGAAAAAUUUUUGAAAAAAAAAAAUUAUUUUUUCUUGUGAAAUGAUACAGAAUCUUUUCCCAAUGGUAAUGACACCAAAAGAAUGAAAUUUGUUGGAAAACUUAGGGAAUUAUGCUCUCGCAAAGUUAGCGACCUUGGCGAUAUUUACGAAUCGGCGAUUUUGCACACUUUGAGCCCUAUAUUCAACUAAUUCCAUUGUUCCAGUCAACCAAACUCAUAGCUGUUUCUUUGGAACUCCAUUUGUUCUAUUGAUUGAGUACAAGAAACUCUAUCGUAGGGGUUCUUAAAUGGAGAUAUCGAGGGUUGAAGGUAGACACACUGGUUGGAUGGUAACGAUAUAUUGUCAGACUGUGAUGAUGGGAGAUGGAGCCCAGCCUCAGCCUGUCCUAGCCUAUGUCAAACGCCGACUGAGACCGAGGUAGCUCGCCUGACACUCAAGCUGCAUCCCGUGACGUCACACAAACAGUCACAGGCCUAGGGAUCUCCUAUCUAAAGCACAUGGAUGAUACUGAUAUGCUAUACCACACAGGGAUCAGCAACUAUGCUGACAACUGCCCAUUUACUGAUUUCAACUACCCAAGAACGUGGUCAGAAAUUUGCAAUCUGGCCAAUUUCACGCAAAUUAAAAAUAUGCCAAUUUCAAAACAGGGUCCAGAAUGAACAAUGCAGACAUUCCUGGCUCUAAAAUAACAUUUUCUUUGUUCAUCAGUCAUGUCUCCAGGCCCCUCUGAUAUUACUCUUGCUUUCUAUUUUGAAUUUUUAUUCAAACAAAAAAUAGAAGAUUUAUUGUUAUGCAGACUACUGCAAUAUUGUAAUACUAAUUGUAUAAAUAAUGUCAAUGCAUUCAUGACUGCUUAUUAGAAUGGCUAGUUGGACGUUUAUUAGACAAUGACAUCAUUUGUUUACUUUUGAACAACAGCAAAAAUCAAACAUUUCCCCUAAUUUGAGCUCCAUUUCAAGGUUCUUUUAACAGUAAAACCAAUCAAAAUCACCUCUAUUUCUAUAAUAUGUUUUCCAUUCUAUCAAAUGAGACCAAGAAAACGAGAAUACAACCAUAAAUACUAUACGAAAAUACACCCAUUCUCUCACAUGUGGGCCUACCAGCUUUCUCCCGCUUGAUUUGAAGCCGCUAGAAUUUUUCAGUAUACUGUAUAUACGUCAAACACGGUGGCUCAUAAGACGUAUAUAUACGACCAAAACAGUCAAAGGGUUAAAAUGUCUGCCUUUCCAAUAUUUUCUUACUAUUAUGAUCAUGAAACAGCAGUAACUGUCUUUUAUUUCAGUAAGUUACCUGUAGUCAAAUUUCACACAAUCUCUCUUUAAAAUCACCAAAUGUACGACUUUUUUGUGAUGGUUGAUAAUAAAAAUUGUAUGUUUUUU